CUUCGAUAUCUUGCUUUGGCGUCGAUUGACCUACGCUAUCACUUUUCUUUUCAUAUCGUGCAAUGCAUAUAGUGCUUUCUUCCAAUUAACUUAGCUACGAGUCCAACGUCCAUCGCCCUAAAUUCUAUGUAGAGAAGGAUCCAGCACAAGCUUACCCUCAACAGCAUAGUAUUAAACAAUUGGUAUUAGGGCUUUACAUGCUCGGAGAGAAGUAAUCUGUUUGAUACAAUGGCAGUCAAGCCGUCAUCGCCAGAACCCAACGCAACACCUGCAACGCCGAUCAAGCAGGCACGGUCCAGGAAAGCCGCCACACCAAGCCAAUCUGAACAGGGAAGAGCGGGGUCAGCAGGAGGAGUGGUUUUACCAAAAGAUUCCUCAGCAAAGGUUUCAGCAUCAUCAUCCAAAAAGGCUGUAGUUGCACCAAGUACCGAUGAGGUUACCGCAGCCGCGUCGAAGACACAGAAAAAGAAACCCAGGAAGUUGAACAAGGAGCCUACUUCAACACCUGCAGAUACUGCAAAGUCUGCGGCCACAAACAAAUCAGAUGUACCAUCAUCCUCUGAACUCGAAGCACUGAAAUCUCGGGUGAGAGGCUUAGAAGCCAAGGUUGAAGAGCUCUACAAAGCAGGUGCUAUUCCCGACUCUCGACCAGGCCGCUCUCCUCGCCGACGAGGUAAAGGCCGAAAAGCUUCAUCCUCAGCACAGGUACCUACGCUCAAUACCACAGUCAACGACAGCAACGCUAGGGUUCAGGAACUCGAUGAUGAUGACGAAGAGGAAGAAGCAGACGAAGAACUUGUGCGCCUUGAGGGUGAACUGGAGGUAGCAAGACAGGAUCUGGAACACUAUCAUCCGUCUACAAGAGGAGGAAGGAGUGGAGGAGCAGAGUACGUCGAGGAAAUUAAUAGAGGCUCCUCAGGAACAAGUGCUGGUGCAGACAGACAAGUCACCCUAUCAGGAAGCUACCGUAUCCCCAUCCCUGCGAAUGUCAAUCUCGAAGACGUAAAAACCAUCAAAUCAGGUGUUUCCGCUGCGCAGAAUGUUGCGAGGUCUUUUCUGGAACAACGACGCGCUGCUGCUGCCCUGCGUGCUGAAAACAAUGUUUCAUCAUCGCCGCAAUCCAAUGCCAAGACUACGAAGGUUCCUGCUUCCAAAAUGUCUUCUGGUACUACACCGAAGCCGAAGAGGAGUAUGAGUUCAAGCAUGGAGGUCGCUGUUGAUAACAGCGAUGGAAAGCAGAGCUGGUCUGAGUGGAUUGGCGGAUAUAGUAUGGCCAUCACGAGGGCGGUUAGCAAGAUUGAGCAUGAGGCUGCUGUAGAGGCACAGCGGAGUGGUGGAAGUGGGAGCGGAAGUGCAAGGCCAGCGGCAGGUGGGCGGAGGACGAGUGCGCCUAUGUCUAAGCGGGCGGCUGGGAAAAGACCUGCUGCUAAAGCCACGCUAAGCAGCGAACAGGUUCAUGGUCUGAUGAGUUAAAUGGUCACGGAAGAAAGAUUGUACGAUAUAUAGUCCGAAAGAUCAUUCAAAGGUAGUUUGGAACGGCAUUGAAGGACUCAAGGGCAGCUACGAGGUAUCGCAUGUUGUGAAGUUGUGCUAAUAACGACAGCAGCAAUAUCUUACGGUAUACAUAUAUUUACGUACCAAGCAUG